AUGGUCAACCCCACUGUGUUCUUCGACAUCACUGUCAGUGGCAAGCCCUUGGGCCAUGUCUCCUUCAGGAUAUUUGCAGACAAGCUUUCAAAGACAGCAGAAAACUUUCGUGCUCUGAGCACUGGAGAGAAAGGACUUGAUUAUAAGGGUUCCUGCUUUCACAGAAUUAUUCCAGGGUUUAUGUGUCAGGGUGGUGACUUCACGUACAAUAAUGGCACUGGUGGCAAGUCCCUCUAUGGGGAGAAAUUUGAUGAUGAGAACUUCAUCCUGAAGCAUAUAGGUCCUGGCAUCUUGUCCAUGGCAAAAGCUGGAACCAACACGAAUGGCUCCCGGUUUUUCAUCUGCACUGCCAAGACUGAGUGGUUGAUUGGCAAGCAUGUGGUCUUUGGCAAGGGGAAAGAGGCCAUGAAUAGUGGAGGCCAUGGAGCGCUUUGGGUCCAGGAAUGGCAAGACCAGCAAGAAAAUCACCAUUGCUGA